AUGCACCACUUCAACGCGGCAGACAACCAUCCAGAAGCCGCCAGCAGAUGGGUUUCGUGGAUCCCUAUGGCGGGCCUGAAAUGGGUCGAGGCACCAAUCAUCAACACACCGCCCUCUUCCCUCACUCCGCUUAACCUCGACAUCCACCAGCCAUAG